AUAAAAUACCUAUAUACAUUUUAUUGUGAAAUUCGAACCCUAAUGUUUAAGAUAUUCAAAAGUUGAUCUUUGAUUAGGACACACUGCGAAACAUAUUUCUUUUUGCGGUAAACUGUAAAGCGCUAAAGCGUAGGAGGAGUCCCUGUGGCUUGUGGAUCGUUUUGACAAACUAAAUUUCUAUCCCAUUAGAUUUAAACUCGUUUUAGUAGCUGCAGUGUAGUAAUUUUGAAAUAGUAGAUAAUCAUAAAUUCAAAUAUGGGAUCAAUAGUUCUAAAGAGUCUUUCGGUUCUACUUGGUAUUUUUUUCCUAUUUGUAGGUACUCUGAAAAUGAGUCCUGUCAUCAGUAAAGAGCUGCACAAGGAUCUUCGAAAGGAUUAUGUUAAAUAUGCCAAAGUGUUUCCAUUAUCUAAAACGAUAGAUUUUAAAGUGCCAGCCAAAUGGUAUAGAAGAGCUGUUGGUGGAACUGAAGUAUUAAGUGGUGUUUGCUUGGCAUUUGUUCCUUAUAGAAAUGUUAAACAAGGGGCGAAUAUAACUCUUUUGAUGUCACAUUUAUUGGCUGUUUAUACACACUAUGCAGCCAAAGAUAAAUUUGAACGGAUGGCUCCGGCAUUAGUGUUUUUAUUCAUGUUAGCUGGACGAUUGGUUAUUGAUUAUCAAUUGAGGCGCAAAGAACUGGCUGAAAUUGCUGAACCUAAAGCUCAAAAACAAGAAUAGAAAAAUAAUAACUUUUCCCAAACUUAGCUCUUUUUUAUUAAAAUUUUUGCACAUUUA